AGAAACCUGCAGCUGCUGGCAGUGAGGAGCAAGGCCAUGGGGUCCCCCCGGUGCCAGAGCGGAUGUGCUGCUCCACCUGUGAGCAAGUUUUCAGCAGCCGGGAGGAGCAAGCUGAGCACUACCGUCUUGACUGGCACCGCUUCAACUUAAAGCAGCGGCUCCUGGGGCACCAAACGUUGCCGAUAGAAGCGUUUGAGGAGAAGACCCGUGCAGGCAGUGUCUCCAGCAUCUCAGGGUCCGAUUCAGAGAGCUCCAAUUCAAGCAGUGAGUCAGAAUUGCUGCUCUCCGCCAGUGACAGCCCCAGGAGCCCCCAGAUCCCCCGUUCCCACAAGGUGCUGUUCCGCAACGCAAAGGGCCAGCUCAUCUCUGCCUACCGCUGCGUGCUGGGCACUGGGAAGGGUGGUGCCGAGGAGCCAGUGGAGUUGGCAGCAUCAUUGCAGAGCUUCGAUGUGAACACGUGCUGGGUUGUGCUGAUGAUGGGUGGCGGGCACUUCGCAGGAGCUGUGUUCCGAGGCCCCCAGGUGCAGGAGCACAAGACAUUCCACCGCUACACGGUGCGAGCCCGUCGGGGCACAGCCCAGAGCCUGCGGGAUGCCCACACUCCAGGGUCAGCACCCAGGUCAGCUGGAGCCUCCCUCCGGCGUUACAAUGAGGCUGCCUUGCUCAAGGAUAUUCAGGAACUGCUGUCAGCAUGGGCAGAGCACCUCAGUAAAGCUCAGCGCAUCUUCCUCCGGGCCCCUCGUCACAACCGUGCACUGCUGUUUGGCAGCAGGAACUCACCCUUCACCCAGGGCGACCCUCGCAUCUGCCACAUCCCUCUCAGCACCCGCAGGGCCACUCUGCGAGAGGUGCUGCGAGUCCACAGCGUGCUGGCCAGCCUGCAGGUGUAUGGGAAGGACACGCCACUGGAGGAUAUCACUGGGUCUCCCCGAAAGGGCUGGCAGAAGAGGCGGCAUAAAGCAGAGGUGGAUGCCCCGCAGGAGAACACGAGUGCCCCUGUCUUACCACCCCCCUCAGCCCCAGAGAAGGAGGAAGAGGAGGAGGAAAGCCCUGCAAGAGAACUGGAGACUGUGGAAGUAACACUGGGGACAUUGGACCUCCGGAAGUUUGAGGUGAUGCCCAAGCGAAACCGCAAAAGGAGGAAAAAGAGGGACAAGAAGGUUGAGAAAGGGCCCUCUGCUGAAGAGAUGGGAUGCCAUGGUACCCAGUGUAGGCAGCCUGACCUGGAGCUGGUGACGGAGCUGCAGGGGGAGGCUGACCCCCUUCCCUGGAGCAAUGGAGGAGACCCUCAGUCCGAGCUUCACGAUGCCCUGUUCACUGCCUGCAAAACAGGGGAUGUGGCGAUGCUGCAGCAUCUCCUGGGUGCACCAGAGAGCGUGGCCCUGCCAGGGGAUGGCGAGGAUGGGAAGGGCACACAGCCCCUGGAUAUGCCCCACGCUCUGCUCAACCAGCCUGUGGAUGAGCACGGCUGCACCCUGCUUCACGUGGCAGCACGGGCAGGGAAGGCUGAGGCAGUGUGCCAGCUGCUGGCAGCAGGGGCAGACCCUGCCCUGAGAGAUGAUCAGGAGAGGACCCCGUACUGUGUCUCUGCUGACAAACUGACCCGCAACACCUUCCGCAAGUUCAUGGUGGACCAUCCAGACAAGUAUGACUACAGCUAUGCCAAGGUGCCAGGGCCCCUGACGCAGGAGAUGGAGGCCAAGAAGCUGGAGAAGAAGCGGGCACAGAAGGCACAGCGGAAACAGUGGGAGAAGGCACAGCGGGAGGAGCAGCAGCGCCACGAGCAGGAGCAGGCAGAGAAGCAGCGGUUCGCAGCCCUGUCCGACAGGGAGAAGAGGGCACUGGCUGCUGAACGGAGGCUGGCUUUGCAGCUGCAGGACACCGGCACAACUCUUGCUAACAUCAGCCGCUGCUGGCAUUGUGGAGAGUCCCUGCUGGGCCGGAUCCCCUUCCAUUACCUCGACUUCUCCUUCUGCUCCACAGCCUGCCUGCAAACCCACCGCCAGGCCCGGGCUGCCCACACAUAA